GCGGCCCCGGGCCCCGCCUGCUCGGCGGCGGGCGGCGUGCGGCCCAUCCUGGACAUGUCGUACUCCCGGCACUUCCUGGACUUCCAGGGCUCGUCCAUCCCCAGCGCCAUGAAGAAGCUGGUGGUGACCGCGCUCAGCCCCAACUUCCGCCAGGCGGUCACCCUGCGGCGGGACGCGCCCGUGCCGCUGCCCGGCGACGGAGAGCUCCUCGUCAGGAACAGAUUUGUCGGCAUUAAUGCAUCUGACAUAAACUACUCAGCUGGUCGAUAUGACACAUCAGUUAAGCCCCCGUUUGAUGUAGGUUUCGAAGGUGUUGGUGACGUGGUAGCGUUAGGACUCAGUGCCAGUGCCCAUUACUCAGUGGGACAAGCCGUGGCCUACGUUAAGGCGGGCUCCUUUGCCGAGUACACAGUUGUGCCUGCCAAAGAAGCAGUUCCUCUGCCCUCUGUGAAACCCGAGUUUCUGACUUUGAUGGUAAGUGGCGCUACUGCAUACAUCAGCCUGAAGGAUUUGGGAGGGCUGUCUGAAGGCAGGAAGGUCCUGGUGACAGCAGCGGCUGGAGGGACGGGCCAGUUUGCUGUGCAGCUCGCAAAGAAGGCCAAGUGCCAUGUCAUUGGAACCUGCUCCAGUGAUGAAAAGAGUGGCUUUCUGAAAUCCAUUGGCUGCGACCGUGUCAUCAACUAUAAAACUGAAAAUGUUGAAGCUGUUCUUAGGAAGGACUACCCAGAAGGUGUGGAUGUAGUGUACGAGUCUGUUGGUGGGAAGAUGUUUGACUUGGCCGUUAACUCCUUGGCUACCAAGGGGCGCCUGAUAGUUAUUGGGUUUAUCGCUGGCUACCAAAACCCUACUGGCAUCCAGCCCGUUAAAGCAGAGUUCUUGCCAGCAAAACUGUUGAAGAAAUCUGCCAGCAUCCACGGUUUCUUCUUGAACCAUUACUUUUCCGAGUACAAAAUGGCUCUGCAGCACUUGCUCAAGAUGUAUGAAAAAGGAGAACUGGUUUGUGAGGUGGACCUUGGAGACAUGUCUCCAGAGGGCAAGUUCAUUGGCUUGGAGUCUGUAUUUCGUGCUGUAGAUUACAUGUACAUGGGAAAAAACAUUGGAAAAAUUGUAGUUGAAUUACCUCACUCUGUCAACAGUAAGCUGUAAAAACAGAACAAUGAUAUAAAUCAGAAGAGAGAAAAUGGGCACUUUAUGCUUCAGAAUUACUAGAAACAAAUUCUUUUUCUUUUUAACUUAGUAAUGGAUAUUAAAUUAAAAAACAGCAUUAAGGUGUUAAUAAAAAAAAAAAAAUUUUUCCCUCCUUUUCUUGAAAGUGCUUUAAUCCAUGGCUGAAGCACGGACUUAAUGGGCCUGUGUUUCAUUCUGUCGCUUAGGCUAGCAUGAGACAGGAACAUUGUUCUUGACAGAAUAAGUCUUGAUGCAGAGGCAAAUUUAGCCUGUAGACUGGUUUGAUAAGACUUUAUAUAUAGUUCAACUCAGAAUUUUUUUUUCAGCAAUUUUGACUCCCUGAUUUAAAAAUAAAAUUGAUAGAACAAGACUAAGUAAGAAGAGUUGCAUCUUGGGGUUGCUUUAGCAAUCUCCUGAACUUUCUAGGAAAAAAAAAAAACCAACUAUAUUCUUGAUUUUUUUUGCUACUAAACACAGUAAUUAUAAUUUUGCAUCAUGGAUCAUAAUAAUGUUCCUUGACUGGUUACUCGGGGAAAUUUUAAAUUCUGAUAUGACAGUAAUAAUAAGAAAAUGAACUUGACUUUUUAAAUUGUCAUCCAUACCCAUAAACAAGUGUGAUUUUUUUUUCCUAAAUCCUUACAAACAAACUGACAUUAUUUUGUUGCCUUUUUGUCUGCUACUGUUAGUGCUUACCGUCCUGUCUUUCCUUUAAUCAGUAUUACGGGAUUACUGGAGGGAGAUUUUGAGCCAUGUUCACAUAUGAUCAGAUCCUGUAUAUUUUUUUAAGAUUUAAUAAAAAUCAAAAAAGCUUUUUAA